AUGAAACGCAGCUCAGUGAUAAUUGUGUUGUUCGCCUUUGGGCUGAGCCUCUGCCAGGCGGAUGUGCAACAGCGUCGUCGGUAUCCCCAACAGUUGCAACAACAACAACAGGGUUACAACUAUCAGCCUGCACGUGUGGAACAGAUUGACCAGCCCUCCCGCACUUAUGGCGCCCCACAACCCCAGCAAUUGUAUAUUGCUCCUGCUGCUCCCGCUCCUGCUGCCCCCGCUUCCGCUCCUGCGCGCCUUCAAGCCAAGCCCGCCCGCUUGGUGGCCAACAGUGAGGCCCAGGAGGACAUUGACGAUGCCGCCGAGGAGGUUGAAGUGCCCAAAGCAGCAGCCCCCGCACUGCCAGCUGCUCCUGCAGCUCCUGUUGCCCCUGUUGCCCCCGUUGCCACGCCAUCCAUUGUUUAUUAUCCCGCUGGCGCUGUGAGUUUUGUGCAGCCAACGGCAUUUGCCAAGUUCAUAACGGCACCGCAAGCCGCAGCUCCUGCUGCCUAUGUCGCUGCUCCCCAGUACUAUGCAGCCUACUAUGGCUAGGGAUAGGCUAAUACUCCCAACUGUGUAUGAAUAACAACUCUAAUUAUAACGAAUAAAUCCCCAUCCUUAAUAGCAAA